CUAGAAGCAAUGGUUUUAAGGUACAGAUAGAAUGAAGUAGUUAUAGUACAAGCAAGGAUAUAUUAUUUGACCACCCAGAAUAUCUAAAAACGCAUAUGAGAAUUAAAAUUUUACCAUCGACUAAUAGUGACGCGAUGACUGUGGAACCUCAUCCGAAAAAAAAACGUCGUGUGCCAAUGUGUGUGGGGUGCGGGGCGCAGAUACAGGAUCAGUUCAUACUGAGGGUGGCCCCGGACCUAGAAUGGCACGCUAGUUGCCUCAAAUGCGCCGACUGUAACCAGUACCUCGACGAGAGCUGUACGUGCUUCGUAAGAGAUGGCAAAACCUAUUGUAAAAGAGAUUACGUAAGAUUAUUUGGAACAAAAUGUGCAAAGUGCAAUCUAGGAUUUAGUAAAAAUGACUUUGUGAUGCGAGCUAGAAGCAAGAUAUAUCACAUAGAGUGUUUUCGAUGUGUAGCCUGCAGUCGCCAGCUUAUUCCCGGCGACGAGUUUGCCCUCAGAGACGAUGGCUUGUUUUGUAAGGCGGACCAUGAAGUAUUAGAACGCUCCUCUGGGAUGGAGCCAGAGGAAGGCAGUCCAGUUAAUAAUAACAAUAAUGACCCAAGGAUGGGAACGGGUGGACUACAAUUAGCAGGACAUGCAGAACAAAUAACAUCAAAUGGGAGGACGUCAAGAUCUCAUAAAGAAUCGAAAACAACAAGAGUUCGGACAGUUUUAAAUGAAAAACAAUUACAUACAUUAAGAACUUGUUAUAAUGCGAAUCCUAGGCCAGAUGCCCUUAUGAAAGAGCAACUUACGGAAAUGACUGGACUUAGUCCAAGGGUCAUAAGAGUAUGGUUCCAAAAUAAACGAUGUAAAGACAAGAAGAGGAGCAUCCACAUGAAGCAAAUGCAAGAACAGCAAACAAAGGGCCUGUUCACACAUGAAAAUGGUCUCCAGAGGCCGCUACAGGGUGUCCACAUGGUAGCAUCUAGUCCAAUCAGGCAUGAAAAUACAAUACAGGGUAACCCCGUAGAGGUACAAACCUACCAACCUCCAUGGAAAGCCCUCAGCGAGUUCGCAAUGCAGAGUGAUCUGGACCAGCCGCCGUUUCAGCAACUGGUGAGCCGAUUUGUUGAUACUAGUGAUGAAGACGAUACUGUCGUUAGCCUCGAAGAACAAUGAGCCAUGACCCGGUGAAUUCGUUCGACCACGGUGACGGCCAUCCUAUGGGUCACGAUGGGGACGUCUACAGCUUAGAUGAUGGUACAGUACUCCAUCCCCCUAGUUCCGUCUCCUCAGACUACGCUGGUACACCAUCAGAGUUAUCAAGUCCAAUCAGCCAAUGACAAUGAACCGACCAGUCAGUUCGGAACUGAUGUCACGUGACUUCAUGGCCAACUGGCUGGUUGCAUAACCAUCUAAGUCAAAGCUAGGAUCCAUUCCAAACGAUGUGUAGGAGCUCAUAGUUCCAGUUUCAAAAAUCUUAAACAACAAGCUGCAUACCAUGACAACUUACAAACAAGGACAACACAUCUUCAUAGGGGAGAUAUUGACAAACGAUAUAGCGUUUGCAAAUUGAAAUAAACAUCCAUGCCAUUUCCCUGAAUCAGUGUCCACAGGAAACCUCAAGACGUGAAAUGUCUCAUGAAUGGAUUGACUGUCCCGAUGAAUUGAGACAUCAGUAUAACUGUGUCGACAAGCAAGUGAUCCGGAGCCUUACCGCAGAUAGAUAUGACUCUAUAUAGGCGCCCCUUUUAUCACUGUAUCGUAUAUCUGCGGCUUUAACUGUCUCGCGAGCCCUCGGGUUCUACUACAUUUGAUAAGGCAAACUUAGCCAAGCAUUUUAUAGCAUAGAAACUCGAUACGUCAUUUGUCAAACCAACAAAUAGCACUAUUGUGUCAAUCAAAGAAGUUUUAAAUUCACACCAAAAAAUGUCUUAUAGUCAAAUGCACGUGGUGGAUGGGAGCUCAGCCGCACAAAAUAAAGACAGAAAUCAUGUUUGUUUGUCCGACAUUAUAUAAUUGUCUCUCUUUGAAGAACUGACUGUCAUAUUUCAUAAAUUUAUCUAAAGUAUAUAAAAUAAGUUGUAAUAUAAUUAUAUACGUGUUGUACGUACACGUGGUCUCUUAACUUAUUGCUCGUUCUUAUCAAACGAGAUUUCAUGAGGCCUUAUAGGCCAUGUCAUUCAUCACAGAGGCCUUGUCAUUCAUACACAGGCCUUGUCACUUACAUAAACAUCAUCCGGUCAUCAUUCUCAUUACAUGUAUAUAUGUCAUUACUCAUUCUCAUCUUCAUCAUGAUUGUCAUCAUUAUCAUCAUCACAUAUAUUAUUAAUAUUGUUUACAUGUGGCCGUUUAUAAAAUCUGCAGAAAUGUUGAA